UAUAUGUUGUUUGAUAAUACUGAAUUCUAAUGUUAAUUUGGCCAUUCGGAGUGCCUAUGCAUGUUUGUGUUGGUUAUUGGAAUUUAAUUAGUUGAUCUUUUCAUUUGGUGAUAUGAAGCGCCUUAAAAGCCAUUCAACAGGAAGCUUUGAGCCUUUAUGCUAGCUCUUUGUGUCGGAUUACGUGCGCAUCUUUUUUGCUAUUGUAGUUUCCAAAGUAAAUUGAGUGAAAUUUAGAUUGUCUCCUUAAUUAAUAGAGUAAUUAUCAUAAAGUAUUAACUUUUAGUCUUAGGACUCUCUGAUUAUAAGGUUGUCAAUUUCCCAUUGUAUUUAUCCGUCUGUGAUUCACCUCAUACAAGUCCCUUCAUUAGAAUUGUGGCUUCUCCAGCAAAAUCUAGCUCCCAUUCUUUUUAUUGAUUUCUGUUGCAUUGAUCCUUCAAUCUUCCUGGAGGCAUCCACUACAUUAGUUAUUUAAUAUUCUACAUUCUUGGGCUCUAACAUCAUCUUGGAACAAUUAUGAAGUUCACAGACCCCCAAUAAAUUUUUUUGAGGAAUUUUUUGCUCUAGUUGGGAGAUUCUGAGCUAGUCUCUUCAAUUAAAGAGUCAUUUCAAUUUGUCUAACAGCUUACUAAGAUUUUAUUUUUCUAGGGCUCUCUAGCAAAUCACAGUUCAUUCAAUAAUUGAAAAGGGUAAUGAAUGGAGGCCUCAGGUAGUUGCUCUCAAGGUUUGUUUCCAUCGAUUAACUUUAAGAAGUGUCUUAAGAUUCUUGACAAGAAGAAAAUAUAAAGCAAUCCUGUUUGUUGCUGUGUUGUGUGGUCACCUAUCUAAGGCAGUUCUGAUCCACACUAGGCCAAUUGGGGGAACUGCCAUGAUGUGAAAUAAUUUUAAAGUGUGGAAACUCAUGGUAAAUAAUUUGCAGGCCAGGCUUUGAUGCUUUUACUGGUGUUACUUCUUCUAGAUGCCAUUUCAGAAUUCUUACGGAUUUUGCCUUGAGAAGACAAAGCUAAAAUUACAGUGAAAUACAAUCUGAUUAUUGGUACAUUGGGUGACUAAUGGCCAAGGGUGGAGAUACACUGGAUCAAUUUAGGAGCUACGAUCAAGUGCCUAGUAUUGGGAAUAACUUGCAGUAACGGACAACUCAUUUGUGACAACAUUAAAUCUCAUAUUAGACCUCCAUGUCCCUCACAUUAAGCCUGGAAGGAUCCUCUUGUGUCUGCAUAAAAUUGUUGUACACCUUUAACAUUUAUCUUACUUAGUUUUGACUAUAACAUCAAUUUCUUUUUUGUUUAUUCUUAUGAAUCUCUAUUCCGAUACAUUUCCUUCGUUUUUGCAGUACAAAUCUUAUGAUUAUUUUUGCAUCUGUUUCAUCAGUAUUUUCCAUAAAUUGGAGGCGAAACAAAUAUUUCAAUGUAAAUGCAGAAUAUUUGGCUACUUAACGUGGAUUAGGUGGGUCAAUUGGACACGUCACUGCUUCCUAUUGAUGCAUACUGAAAACACUAAUUUAGGAGUUAAACCUAAAAAUUUAAAAUAUUCCCAAUGCAUGAACAACAAAAAACAUGAAUUGAAAAAGAUGAAAAUCAAAACACCGGGAAAGGGAGAAAGCAUGGCUUAUUAAUUUUGAUCCAUGAUCCUUGAAGUGUUAAUGUAACUGGAUCUCUUAUUCCUAUCAUGCGAUGAAUCAUGAAACUCAUUGUAAUGUUUGCAUAUUCUAUAUUUUCCAUUUGCUAUUAUUUUUCACUUUAUUUGUUGGAUGUUUCAAAUUUAUGCUAGACACAUCCACAGACUUGAUGUUUCCCUUUUUCUGAAUUUCGGCAGCACCAUUGCCAAUACCAGUGUUUUAAAGUUUUUCCCUGCUGCCCUGUUCCAGACAACUUUUUUUUUUUUUUUUUAAUCUUUUAUCUUUUUUCUUUUUGUGGUGAGUUUGGCGUUUUAAGCCAUUAUCCACAGGUCGUGUUGCGAUGUAGUCUAAUUGAGAAGAAUUUUUUUUAGAUCUUCACAUUUUGCUAACUUAAGCUGUAACAAUACUAUACUAGUGUUGGAUUUUGCAUUCCUGAGAGAAGCAUUUCUGUCAAAUACCGCCAUAUGUAUUGCCAUAAAAUAUGGGAAUCACUAAAUAAGAGCAGGGGCUAUUGUUAAGUAAGUCUGCCAUGAAAUUCUAUACAACAAUAUCUGAAUGCAUGCUACUUAUUAGAUCACCUGGGUUUUUCAGUGGUAAGUUGGUCUUCUCUAAUGACAGGCAAUUGCAUGGGAGAUCAAAAAUCUCAAGUACAUUCUCUAGAGGGAUCAUUAUCUUUAAUACCUAGGAGCUGGCAAAAUGUGAGAGAAAAUGCAAAUAAAGAUUUACAACUUGUCCUACAAAGAGCGUGCUCAUUGAAGGAGCCUCUUACUGACUUAGCACAUUCAUUCGAUGAAGAGUGGGAAAAAGCAUGGUUCCAGAGAUGGCAGGAUAUCACAAAGAGUUCUAUAUCUUCUCCGUUUAAAGUUAAACCACUCAAAGAAGAUAAAUCAGGAUUGCUGAAAAAAUGGGAAUCAAAUUUGAUGGAAUUACAUCACUCUUAUUCGAAACCAGAGUUUCCUAGCUAUGAAGAUAAGGUUUCUCUAAGAGGAUUGAAACCUUUGAAUGGCAGGUUAUGCAUUCUAGCAGCUAAGGAUCAAGACACUUUGAGGAAGAAUGAAUCCCUCAUCCCCAUAGAAUGGUCAAAAAUUUGGCAGACACAAGAAGAAGGAAAGAUUGCAAUUGAAGAUUCGGAGCCACUGACACACUUAAAUGCAAGUUUGAAUGACAUAGAAAGCUCUGCAGCUUCAAGCAAUUCUCCUGCAGAGUUCUUUGAGAAGCUGAAGAAGACAAAACUUUAUCGAAAUUCAAAGAGACCCCUGGAACGAUCAAGUUAUAUGCAAACUUUGGAUGCAAUAGAGUUGUUGGAGAACGCCAUCAAGGAAUCUACACAAAUUAUGGAUAAAAUUGGGAUUAAAAAAGGCUUUUCAGAUAGGAUUUGUUCAAUAUUCCAAAGAUACAGACACCAAGAUAAACAAUUGUCAGAGUCAAACACAGACAGUUUGAAUGUUGCCAGUAUUGCUGAAGCUACUGUACACGAGCUAGAUUUAAGAAUAUCGAGUGUGCUUCAGAGUACAGGAUAUCAACGAGAAGGAAACUUUUGGGAAGAAAAGUCCAUGACAGAAGAGGCAGCUGAUAAAAAACGUCAUAUAGCAAUUUUCACAACUGCAAGCUUGCCAUGGAUGACUGGUACUGCUGUCAACCCUUUAUUUCGGGCUGCUUAUCUUGCAAAGGAUGGGAAAAGGAAGGUCACUUUGGUGGUUCCGUGGUUGUGUAAAGCUGAUCAAGAACUGGUCUACCCAAAUCAUAUAACUUUUGAAUCUCCAGAAGAACAAGAAUAUUAUGUCCACCAGUGGCUUGAGUCAAGAGUUGGAUUCAAAUUGGAUUUUAAAAUUUCCUUUUAUCCUGGAAAGUAUGCAAAGGACAAAAGAAGCAUUUUGGCAGCUGGAGACAUUUCAGAGUUCAUUCCAGACAAUGAAGCUGAUAUUGCUGUCCUCGAGGAACCAGAACAUCUCACUUGGUUCCACCAUGGAAAGAGAUGGACAAAGAAAUUUGAAAAUGUUAUUGGCAUUGUCCAUACUAACUAUCUUGAGUACGUGAAGCGGGAGAAAAAUGGGCAAUUGAAAGCAUUUCUGUUAAAGCAUGUGAACAAUUGGGUGACAAGAAUUUACUGCAACAAAGUCAUACGACUAUCAGGGGCUACUCAAGAACUCCCAAAUUCCAUAGUCUGCAAUGUACAUGGUGUCAACCCCAAAUUUCUUGAGAUUGGCCAGAGAAAGGCUAUUGAGAAACAACAUGGAAUUAAAGUCUUUCCUAAGGGAGCAUAUUACAUUGGGAAGAUGGUUUGGAGUAAAGGCUAUAGAGAACUUUUGGAUCUCUUAGCUAUACACAAGAAAAAACUGGAGGGAUUACAAGUUGAUGUCUUUGGAAAUGGAGAAGAUUCAAAGGAAGUCCAAGAAGAAGCUCACAAACUAGGGUUGGCUAUAAAUUUUAAUCCAGGAAUUGAUCAUGCAGAUGAAUCACUUCACGGGUACAAGGUGUUUAUCAAUCCUAGCACUACUGAUGUAGUUUGCACAACUACAGCUGAAGCUCUAGCCAUGGGAAAAAUAGUUGUCUGUGCAGACCACCCAUCUAAUGAGUUCUUUAAGUCAUUUCCAAAUUGUCUUACUUACAAAGAUUCACAAGAAUUUGUUGAAAAGGUAAAGCAGGCUCUGUCCAGUGAACCUUUGCCACUGACGAGUGAUCAACAACAUGUUUUAUCAUGGGAAGCUGCAACAGAUCGAUUCAUAAGCUGUUCCAAGUUGGAUGUUUCCCAAGACAGGAAUGGUGAAUCCUUACCUUUGGUCUCAUCUAGACGGAAAAGAACAAUGCCAUUGUCAAUGUCAAUGGCUAAAGUGAAGCGGUGUGUUGAUGAUGGAUUUGCAUUUACACAUUAUAUUGUUUCUGGCAUUGAACCUGCCAGGAUUGCAUCUGGUGCGAUCCCUGGUACAAUACACCCAGAUGAAGAACAGUGCAAGGACCUGGGUAUAGCUUUACCUAAUGUACCACGACCUUUGUAUAGGUGUUGAUAUGCUGUAUUUCUAGGAUUUUUGUGUUUCUUAUUCUGUCAUAAUCAAUCUAGAAGUGUCUUUACUGUGAUUGAACAUUUCUAGUUGUGAUCCUUUUUAUAACAUUGAAGCUAAAUGGUAUGUAAAUGUGCAGAGAUUGCACAAUUAUGACUAGUGUACAGGCUGUAAGUUACCUUAGCACUUUCCAUAACCUGCAAUUGCAUGGAUAAUAAUAUCUAUCAUUUGAGGGAUUUUCUAGGUAUUUCUUAGGGGCAUUCCCAUCUCUUUACAGAUUUCCUGUCAAGGAAAUCGAUUAUACUUGGAGAAUCACAUAUCCCGUCACCAUCCCUCUAGUCUAUUACGAUCUUAUGUAAUUGUACUUUUAAAUUGCAUCCUCUUGCUUCCUUUAGAUGUUGGUCCUCAUUUUGCGUCUUUGCUAUUGUAAAUAACAAUGUUUUCAAGUCCUUUGACCUGCCUUGGUCAUUUGUGGACAUAUAUAAUGUUUUUCUUUCUGGUCUUCCU